CAAUGAGGCGGAGUAUGAGAGGGUCGUGCCGAGUGAUUGAUAACUCCGUCAGCCAAUAAGGAUUACUGGCUCUGUCGCCUCAGAAAAAUCUUCAUAACUACAUCUCCAGUUGGAUCUGUACAAAAUCACGUAAAAACUCAUGACUCUAUUUUUUUUUUUAAAUAAAAUUUUUUGGGUUUUUGAAACUGAAGGUGUUAAAAGCGAAGACCGGCACGCCUCAAAGUCUUACGACGGACAGCUCCGAACCCGUUGCGGAACAAAAGUCCCCUGAGCAGGGCGGUGUCAGCCCUGGGCCAGCCGAGCCGCUGCUCAUUGGCCCCACGGUUCUCAUGAUAGACAUCGCCCCCGCCCAAUGGCGUCCCGCACUGGAGGUGGGUCUCACAAGGAGGCCCAGAGGAGCCUGCGUCGGCUCCACCAAUAGAGUCAAAGCAAGGGGCGUGGCGGGAGGUUUGAAACUCGGCGUCGGGAGUUGAGGCUCCAGCUGCGGUGCACCCAGACGAGGAAUCGGGGCCUGAGGCCUCUGGCGGGGCGGCGGGAAGGCUCCUCGGCCGGGAACCGGGAAGAUCGGGUGGUCUGCAGUCAGAGGUCAGACGUGGUCGCGGUAGUGGCUGAGACCUGAGUCAUUUCUCACAGGCAUCCCCUCCUCGCCCCCGGCCGGGCCCUGCCCCACCUUAUUCCUCCUGGAUGAGAUGGGCUCAGCCAAGAGCGCCCCGGUCACCCCCGCGCGGCCUCCGCCGCACAACAAGCUCCUGGCCCGGGUGGCGGACCCGCGUUCACCCAGUGCCGGCAUCCUGCGCACUCCCAUCCAGGUGGAGAGUUCUCCACAGCCCAACCUACCAGCAGGGGAGCAGCUGGAGGGUCCUGAUCAGGCCCAAGACUCAGAUCCCCGCUCUCCUACCCUUGGCAUUGCACGCACACCUAUGAAGACCAGCACCGGAGAACCCUCGAGCCCACUGGUGAAGCAGCUGAGUGAAGUAUUUGAGACCGAAGCCCCCAGAUCGAAUCUGCCCCCAGAGCCUGUUCUGCCCUUAGAGGCAACUUCAUCUUCUGAAUUGGACUUGCCUCUGGGCACCCAGUUUUCCCUUGAGGACCAGACGCCACCCUGCAGCCAGGCUGAGCUUCCCUCCAAGCAGGUGUUCUCCAAGGAGGAAGCAGGACAACCCUCAGAAACCCCCAUGGCCAGCCAGGGCUCGGACAAGCCUUCAAGAGACCCUGAGACGCCCCGAUCUUCAGGUUCUAAGCACAAUAGACGGAAAGCAAAUGGCAAGGUACUAGGGAGAUCUCCCCUCACCAUCCUACAGGAUGACAACUCCCCCGGAACUCUGGCACCACGACAGGGUAAGCGGCCUUCUGCCCUGAGUGAAAAUGCUAGGGAGCUAAAGGAAGGGGCCAUUCUGGGAACUGGACGACUUCUGAAAACUGGAGGCCGAGUAUGGGAGCAGGGCCAGGACCAGGACAAGGAAAAUCAGCACUUUCCAAACUUGGUGGAGAACUAGGCUGAGCGUGGCCCCAGCACUGGCUUCACCAGGGGCAGAGUGAUGUUGCGUCCCCUCCAUCCCAUCUUUUCCUGGGAGACUGGAAAGGCUCGUUGUCUUCAACCCCCCCUAAACUCCUGGCUCGGGGACUCAGCGCUUUCUUGGGCUUUGUGACUCAUGUGUUUCUUGUAUAUUAAAGAAAGUGGUUUUAAAUGA